AUGUCCCAUACGAUUGAUCUCGCUGCGAAAAAGAAAACUAUGCCUGAUGUCUCGACAUUUCCAUUUACAGUGACUGAACAUAUUAUUGACGGACAGCAUAUUCGAGAAUACCCCGAUGCUACCUCUGUUAGCCAAGAUGUGCCUCUGAAGCUUGUCUUGAAAAAGUAUGCUCCUGUUGACAACCCAAAUCCUCAGCCCGGGGACGUGACCAUCAUUGGAGCACAUGGAUGUGGGUUUCCAAAGGAGGUUUAUGAGCCAUUGUGGGAGGACCUUCUCGCCCGCAGCCAACAAGAUGGAUACCGAAUCCGAGCGAUAUGGAUUGCCGACGUUGCGAACCUCGGGGCUAGCGGAGUCCAAAAUGAAUCUAAUCUAGGGAAUGAUCCGUCAUGGUUCGAUCACGGUCGUGAUCUUCUCUAUAUGAUCAACAAGUUUCGAGAUGAGAUGCCGCGCCCCAUAGUCGGGGUGGGACAUAGUAUGGGUGCAGGCCAGCUGGUACUGCUUUCGCUCCUCCACCCGCGCCUACUCACUUCCUUGACCCUGAUCGAGCCGGUCAUCGCGCCCGACAUGUUCACAGGCAAAGGCCCCCUACUGUCAAUCGUCUCGCUCAAACGACGUGACACCUGGAAAUCCCGCUCGGCCGCUAUCGAAGCCGCUCGCAAAGCACAUAAAAUAUGGGAUGAGCGCGUUCUGGAGCGAUGGAUCCGUCAUGCAUACCGCGAUCUACCAACAACUUCCGCGCAAGGCGACCCAGUGACCCUGACCAGCUCGAAGUACCAAGAGGUUCUGCAAUAUCUUCGGCCCAAUCCCGUAGGCCACAAGCCGACGGGGCAAGAAGACAAUCUGGCGGUGGGACCACCGCCCGAUCCUCUUCUUUACGCGGACAUUAUUGGCCCUCCCCAUGCCACCUCGCCCUUCUAUCGGUACGAACCCAUUCUAGCAUGGAAAUUGAUGAAGCACGUGCGGCCGCCCGUGCACUAUGUACUCGGAAGCAAAAGCCCCAUCUCUUAUCCGGAAGCGCGUACGAAUAUCUUGAAUCGCACUGGGACCGGCGUUGGGGGCAGUGGCGGUGUGAAGGCCAUGCGGGUGAAGCAGACCAUCCUCAAAGGGACUCAUCAAUUGCCGUUGGAGAAAGUAGGAGAAACGGCUGCUUCGGUUGGCCCUUGGAUUAGCCAGACCGUGCAGCGUUGGAAAGAGGAUGAAGCCCGGAUCGCGGAGCGAUGGGCUCAAAGACCAAUUGAUGAGAGGCUAAAGUCCAUGGUGGAUUGGGUGCCGACACUGCAGGCAAUGAUCGACCCUGAUCCCCAGCGAAAAAAUUCGAAACUCUAG